AUGGCGUCAACGCAGGACGCUUGGUAUAUUUCUUUACUUGGUUUAGCUGAACAUUUUCGCACAUCAAAUCCUCCUGACAUAAAAAGUUGUAUACAGUGUCUACAAGCCGUAUUUAAUUUCAAACCACCGCAAAGAGUCGAGGCCAGAACCCACUUACAACUCGGGAAUAUACUUCUGACACACACUAAAAACAUUGACUUGGCGAGAACGCAUUUAGAGCAGAGUUGGUUCUUGUCACAAAGUAUCAAUGCCUUUGACGAUGUGAAGUUCGAGGCAGCAAGUGUAUUAGCCGAGUUAUUUGAACUGCAAGGCCAACCAACACACUCCAAACCCAUUCUGAGGAAAGCCAUUGAGUUAUCACAGCAUAGUGUUUACUGGCACUGCAGGCUAAUUUUUCAGUUAGCUCAAAUUCAUGCCACUGAGCGUGAAUAUGAAGUGGCUAGCAGCCUUUUGGGCGUUGGAGUGGAUUAUGCACAGCUCUCGAAUGCGGCUUACACCAGAGUACUGUUUUUACUGAGUAGGGUAAUGUUGCUGUUAAUAGACAAAAAGAUUCAAGAAGUUUUACCUAUACUGAACCAAGCUGGUCAUCUAGUGGAGUCAUGGUCAGGUAGUCUGCAUCAAAAGGAGUACCUCAAAGUAUUUUUCCUUGUACUACAGGUUUGUCAUUAUUUGAUGGCUGGACAGGUAAAGAGUGUGAAGCCAUGCCUUAAGCAAUUGCAACAGAGUAUUCAGACGAUAAUGGCUCCCACAUGGCCUGAUGAUGACACGGUGUGCGGCAGCGCGGCUGGCGAGUCGUUCGUGUGGAUGUCGCGUCAGCAACUGUACGUGCUCGUGUACCUCGUCACGGUGAUGCACUCCGCCCAGGCUGGUUACAUGGACAAAGCGCACAAGUACACCGAGAAGGCGCUCGCGCAGAUCGACAAGCUCACGUCGAGCGGAUGCGAGGAAGUAAGGAACAACGGCGGCGCGAGGAGCGGUGCGGUGCUGGCGUGGCGGCUGCGGAUGGCGUUGGUGGAGCACGCCGCGCUGUGCCGGCUCGUCACCGGCGGCAAGGCGAACGCGCUGCACGAGAUCGCGCGCGCCGCCCACCUUCUCACGGUCGCGCCGACAGUUGGCAGCGCGGCGGCGCACACUCCGCAACUACACUGCCUACUGGGACUCUAUGCAAUGUCCAUGAACUGUAUGGAGGCAGCAGAGUCACAAUUUCUCACUGCCAUACAGAUGUCACAAGAAAGAGAUUUAUGGAUGUUCGCUAAACUCAACCUAGCCAUUGUUUAUCUUCGAGGUCGUAGAGACAGUGACCUAGCACAACUAAUGGAGCAGGUGAGACCAGAGGCUUUACCUGCUUAUGCUCACGGCUUACGAGCGGCUUCUUACUACGUCCUUGGACUCCAGGCAUUUUUCCAGGCGCGAUAUAACGAAGCAAAGAGAUACCUCCGAGAAACUUUGAAAAUGGCAAAUGCUGAGGAUCUAAACAGACUGACGUCCUGCUCACUGGUGUUGCUCGGCCACAUAUUUUUGUCAAUCAACAAUUCAAGAGAGAGUAUGAACAUGGUGACGCCCGCCAUGCAACUCGCCAGCAAAAUACCAGAUGUACAUGUACAGUUAUGGGCGUCCGCGAUACUCAAGGAUUUAUAUCGGCUGGCUGGCGACACGGAACGCGAGAACGAGGCUUAUCAGAUGCACUGUAAUUACUCGCAAGCCCUCCUGAAGGAUCAUUUCCAGGCCACGCAGUUGCCACAACAUGCGCUGGUGCAAUGGACGACUGGGCCACCUCCAGCCCUGCCACCACCAUCGAACGUCAGCAACCCUACA